UGGUGUCUAAAGAAUGAGUGGCUGACGCACGAGCAACACAAGGAAGUCGCAAUUCUCAAUAUCACCUUUGGCGCAUCGGUGACAAUAAAAGAUAAGGUAAUGUACAGAAAAAUGAAAUGCAUCAAAAGAAUAUCAGUCAAUGACCUUAAUACAACAACUGUAUAUGAAACUACUAAAAACGUUUUUACUAAUAAAAACAAACGUAAUAAAUAUAAAUUCAUAUAAGUAUUAAAUCGAUUAAUAUCAUAAUAAAUAAUGAUGAUUCUUUUUGAAGUAUGAUUUCAAUGAAUAUUUUUAUUUCCGAUGUGAUGUGCUAAUAAUUUACAACAAUAGUUAUAAAGUUGUAAUGCUAAUAGUGUUGAUAUUUAAAUUAUUAUUUACCAUUUUAUUAUUAUAUCAUUGGUUAUUAAACCAAAUAUACCACUGUUUUCUGUUGAUUUAAUUUGCAACCGUCGUGCAAUGAAACGAAUCAUCGCGUGCUCGUGUCUGUUAUUGCAGUUUGGUGGAAAGACGCCUCUUGAUGAGUAUGAUGAUAACGAAUGUAGAGGAUACGAAGAAACCACAAGAAGAGAGAAAAAGACAAAAUUAAAAAAUUUACUUGAAGAACUAUCAAUUCCGUCAGAGAUUUUAGCCAGGGGUCCCGAUGCCGUCAAAGCAUUCAAAGAUGCACUUAAAAACGGUGAAAUAACAGUUGUUAAUUCAAGACUGAUGUUCCUAGGUAACGAGGGUUCCGGGAAAACCUCUUGUGUCAAAGCCAUGCUUGGGAAAGAGUAAGUACAAUCGGAUGUAUUCGAUUUUGUACUUUAUAUCGAUUUACUUUGCUUGCUUUUUUUCAGUUGGUUUUUACAUUACAGUUGUACGUUCG